CGGGUCUGAACGCGAACUCCGCGACUCAGAAGCGGCAAACUGAGCUCUUAUCAGCUACUACAACGCAAGUUGUUGGGUUCAGGAUGUUUGUGUGUUUUGUUAUUUUCGUUUGUGCUUUAUCCGGUCCUCUUGUAACCGCACACCAUGUGAUGACCGGUCAGCCUCAUGAAGUCCCGGUAAACAGAACCGACGUUUUAACGGCAGCUCGGUUUGCUGUGCUUGAAUUCAACAGAGCCAACGCAGCAGAAGAGUUUAAUUACGCUAUUGUGAACAUAACAUCGGCCAAAAUCCAGGUGGUCGCAGGGAUAAACUACAUCCUGGAUAUGCAUCUGGGACGUACGUUGUGCAAGAGAAACGACACUGCAGACCGUACACCAUGUGUUAUCCACUCUGACUCCAAGGAACUUCUGUGCCACUUCAUUGUUACAGAUAUUCCUUGGGAAUAUUCACGUGUACUUACUCGACAGAAGUGUCACCGACCUAAUUGACUGAUUUAUGAUUGCUGCUGGUGGUGUUGCCUAGUAAAAAGAUUUCACUGAAAUGUGUUUUGGUGUGUUUCAUAAAAGAUUAUUAAUACAUUGUC